AUGUCGCGUGGGAACGGAGUGAGGCCAUCCAAGACUCCUGGGUACACGAAUUGUUCAAUGAAGAGAGAUGGCUAUAGAAUGAAGUUCGAGGACGGCGGUUCAGCUAUCAUUCGAUUUCCUAACCCCGGUGCUACGAUGUUUCCCGAUGAGAAGGGCACUAAAGAGGAUAAUCCCCUUAGCCUUAGUCUAUUUAUUAUUAUGGAAAAUAUUGAAUAUACAAUGGACCUAAGCGACGUCCUUAAUACCCUAGAUUUAUGA